UCCGCGCCGUCAUUGGUGGAAGCGCGUCGUCACUGCGUCUCCGUCGCUCCGUGAGUGGCGGUGGAGGCUGUCAGUCAGUGUUAGGCUGCUGCCGAGACUCCAGAGAGAGGGAGAUGUCAGAGGCUGAGCUGCUCCCUCCCUUCAGUAGCACUAGUGGGGUUCAGCAGCCAGCAUGGCUACAGCUGCCUCCAGCCCCUAUACCCUGCUCAGCUCCAGUCCCAUGAUCCACCCGGACAGCCAGGCCAUGCAGCCUGCUAGCCCCUACAGAGGACACCAGAAACUCCUCCAGAGUGACUACCUGCAGAGCGUCCAGAGCAACGGACACCCCCUCGGGCACCAGUGGGCGAGCAGCCUGUCGGAGGGCAGCCCCUGGUCGGCCUCCAUGGAGCAGCAGGACAUCAAACCAGGCCGGGAGGACCUGCAGCUCGGCAUCAUCCAUCACCGUUCCUCGCACGUAGCGCAUCACUCCCCUCAUCACAACAACCAUGGCAACCACCCGGGAGCCUGGGGAACUCCCGUGUCCCACAACUCCUCCAUCACCAGCGGGCAGCAGAUCAACAUCUACUCCCAGACGGGCUUCACUGUCAACGGCAUGCUGGACCACGGCGGGCUCACGCCUCCACCCAACCCGCAGGGCCAAGGCAUGCACCCGGGCCUCAGGGACACACUCAGCCCCGAGCACAGCGACCUCGGCGGGCACCACUGCCACGACCACUCCGACGAGGAGACGCCGACCUCGGACGAGCUGGAGCACUUUGCCAAGCAGUUCAAACAGCGGAGAAUCAAGCUUGGCUUUACGCAGGCGGACGUGGGGUUGGCUCUGGGCACGUUGUACGGGAACGUCUUUUCCCAAACCACCAUCUGCAGGUUCGAGGCUCUGCAGCUGAGCUUUAAAAACAUGUGCAAACUAAAGCCGCUGCUGAACAAGUGGCUGGAGGAGGCGGACUCGUCCACGGGCUGCUCGAGCAGUAUAGACAAGAUAGCAGCUCAGGGGAGGAAGAGGAAGAAGAGGACGUCCAUCGAGGUGAGCGUGAAGGGGGUGCUGGAGACGCACUUCCUCAAGUGUCCCAAACCCUCCGCGCAGGAGAUCACGUCGUUGGCGGACUCGCUGCAGCUGGAGAAAGAGGUGGUGCGCGUGUGGUUCUGCAACCGACGGCAAAAGGAGAAGCGCAUGACACCGCCGGGGGAGCCGCCGCCGCACGAGGGACCCUACUCGCACAGCGGGAGCGCGGGGGACGCGUCCUCGUGUCACGAUCUCUGACCGAAGCAUCGGGAGGAAUCCCACCACCACACACCCCCACCCUAACCCCGGCACAGACUCUCGAGCGCACGGGGUGCACGGCGGAGGCACCUUCCAGUGCGCAGCGCCUGUCCCGGUACGGACUCGUCCCAGACGCCUCUCCAGCACUGAAACAAUAACAAGAGAUACCCGUCCAGCCUUCGUCGUUUUCUAACUGUCAUGAGGGCAUUACUCUAUUCUAUAGCGGCAUAUCAAACGUCACAUUUCACCAGGUUUUUUAUUUUUUUUUUGGAGCCAAAAUGAUUUUCUACAUCACGGAUCUAAAUACAAAAUGUGCCUAUAUAAUAAUAACCUGCCAGCGCCUUUGGUUUGUGGUUUGUGUCACCAUUCUCCCAUCAGCUCGAUAAUAAUGACAGUGUGGGGACUGAUGCUUUUUGAUUUGUUUUGGCUUCUCUCUCACGCACACACACACGCACAUACUCACACACACACACUUGGCCUGUGCCGUAUGAUCAGUGGAGUGAAACUGAUAAUAAUAUCACUUUUCUUAAUUGAUUUGUUGCAGCACCAGAGGCCAUUUUACAGUCCACCUCACGCUUCCCUGCGGGCUUAUACACGACGCUUUAGUUCUCUGCAUAUUCACAUUUACAACAUACUCUCAGCAGAUCUGUAAUUAUUAUUCUAUUUUAUUAUUAUUUUUGCAUAUGCAGAUACAGGCCAUCAUUCCAGAUGUAGAGCUACCAACAGAAUAGCACUUGGAGGAUUUUUCUUUUAUUUACAUCCUCCCCAAUGGCCUUGUGAAGCCACACACACACACACACACACACACACACACACACAGUCAGAGCUAUUUAUAAACCCAUUUAUUUGAUUUCAAUCAUCUUCGACCAUACAAACUGUGUGGACUCUGAACCAGAGCCGAGAGCAGAGACAGAGAGAGGGGCUUGAAUGACGCUAUACACCUGCCUAUAAUUUUAUUGUACGUUCACUAUCAAAAAAAUCUUUUUAUAAUCUUAAAUACUCCUGUUAUUUGGUUUAUUUCUUAAGUAUUUUUUCGAAUAUUGUACAGUUUUAUAUAUUACCCUUUUGGAAGUUAUUAAUUUAAACAAAUGCUCUUAGUUAUUCAUGCACUUAAUUAGCAAUGUAAAAAAACAAAACAAUAUUUUCAGUAAGAUUGAACUGUUUCGGCGGUUUUAUUCCAAAU